AUCUAUAUAUAUAGCAAUAAUUGUAAAUAUUGAUUAAAAAGUCAAAUCUGAAAGUUUUCGGAAUAUUAAAUUCACUAGUAUUUUAGAAUGCUUAAUUAAUAAAAUAAAUAUAUAUAUAUAUAUUAGCCAUCUAUACAAUCAUGUCCUCAUCAUCGAAUGCUAGUGACUCUUCAAACACUUUUACAAGUCAUACCAAACCAUUUAUUAAAGAAUCUAUUCUACCUAAGACUGAUCCAAGAUCACCAUUUUAUGUUAAUUUACCAGCCUAUGAAACAAAACCUAUUGAUGAUUUAGUUAAUUUCUUUAAAUAUUGGAAAUAUUUUAUUAGAGCUUUAAUAUCUUAUUUUAAAGAAGUUGCUUUAGUUAAAGAAUUCGAAGCAAAUAUUAAUUAUCAAUUAAUAAGUGCUGUACAAUUCCCAGGAUGUAAAGAUUUACCUAAUAAGAUUUUAAAGGAAUUAAAUUCUGUUUCAGGACAAGCAGUUACUAGUCCACCUCAAAGUCAAUCAAAUACUCCUACCAAAGAAUUAAAGAAAUCUUUAUCUGGUUCAAGUUUAAAUUCUUUAGCAACAACAAGUACUAAUAGUACCAGUUAUUCAACCACAAAUGGAUCUAAUAAUAAUUCAAAUCUUACCACAACUUUAUCAAAUAAUGAACUUAAACGUCCUGGAUUAUUUAAAACAAAAUCAUCAGGAAAUGCAACUUUUAUGAAAGCUACUCCAUUACAUAAGAAAACAAAUUCUUUCUCCAGUACAUAUAAGAGUUCAAAUCCUAAUAUGAUACCUUCGAAUCCAGGUUCAGUUUCUGGGACUCCUCCAAAACCACCUAACCAAUUUACUAAUGAUGUUCGUAUUCCAGAAUCAUUUUUCCCAGAAGAUUCUUUAUUUAAAAAUUUCCCGGCUGUCUUAUUAAGUCAUCAUCAAUCCACAUAUAUCAAUAACUCAAAGUUGUAUAAAGAUUUAAAUACAAAAUUAAUACCUCGUCUUGAAACUUUAUUAAGACAAGUUUCUGCUAAAAUUAAAGAAAUUAGAUCAUCCUUAAAGAAUGAAUCCUUUGUUAAUCCAGAAUUAUUAAAGGAAAUCAGUAUUGUAGGGAAAUCAUUAAAUGAAUAUAUGGUUUCAAUAGAAAGAUACAAUCAUACGAAACCAGUCCUUAAGAAAAAAGCAAUAAUCGAUGGAGAUAAAGUACCUGAAGAUGAAGAGCAUGGAGUUCUUGAUGAUCCUUUCUUAUUAAAAUUGAAAGUUGAUUAUCAAAUAAAAUCAGUAUUAAUUUAUGAAAGUUAUAUGUUUGCUCUGUAUGCAAACUUGCAAAAUAUUGCUAAAGAUUUGUUCACUUAUAUUUUAAAAGAAUUAAAACUUAUAAUCGAUAGAUUUGGAAGAUUAAAUUUCAAUAAUGAGUUCUUCCAAUUCUUGAAGACAAAAGUUUCUGAUUCUUCAAAUGCUGAUUGGGAGUAUUUUAUUAGUAACAAUCCAAGUUUCUUGAAUACUUAUAAAUCUACCCCUGUUCUGUCUAAAAAGCAAGUUAGACAAUUUAAAAAUAUCGCAAUCCCCUACGCAAAUUCCAUCCAUAAUAAAUGUCUUCGUUUUGGAAUUCUUUAUAAAAAAUCAAAAUUAUUAAAGAGUUAUACCCGAUACUAUUAUGUUCUCACAUGCAACUAUCUUCAUGAAUUCAAGUUUGAAACUGUUGAAGAAAAGAAUUCUCAUAAGGGUAACGGAACUAAGUCUACUAUUAAAAAGUUUAUAAAUCAGGAUGAUGAGCCUAUCAAAUCAUACAACUUGAACGACUAUCUCCUUGUCAACAAAGAUGAAGCAGGUUUUAAAUUUCAGUUAGUUAAAGAUUCUCAUAAACUGACCAAAUAUAGUUUCAAAUGUCUUAACGCUAAUGAUUUUAAUAAGUGGGUCAGCGACUUGGAAGACUUACUUGAAUUCGGUUGUAAACAUUUGGAAAGAUUUGAUCAUGUGGCAAGAAGAAUUAGAGAGCAAGAACAAGAACAGAACCAGCAAAACCAACAAAACCAACAGGGUCAGAAACAUGCUACAAUAAUUGAGAAAGCCGCUACAUUUCCUUCAUCAAUAUCCAAUGCAAAUAAGACUCAGAAGCAUGUUCCUAAACCUCUUAACUUGAAGCAUGAUAAUAAUUCAACGGCCUCAAGCUUAUUAUCACUACCAUCAUCUAGUAAAAAUAGUUAUAUUGGACUUGAUGGAGUCUUUACUCCAAGAAUAGGAACUCCUAUAUUUGAGACUAACCCAUUUGAACACACUUUUGGUGAUGAUAUGGGUAAUUCUGUAAGAAAUUCAAGCAAUCAGUCAUCGUUAUCAUCCCCUAAUAUGUCACCAAAUGAAUCAUUGGUGAAUUUGCCGAACCAAAAUCCUGGUAAUCAGCAAUCGAAUGUAUUAGAUUACGAUUCAUACUUGAAGAUUCAACAAGAUUAUAUUCGUCAACAACAAGAAGUACUUAAUCUUCGACUUAAAGAAUUAGAUAUACAGCAGCAAGCACAGCAGCAUGCCCAAUCAGUGUCAAUACAAACUAUAUCACAACCUCAACAAAGUCAAUAUCAAAAUCAAUUCCAAACUUUAAAUGCAAAUGACUCCAAUUCUCAAUUGAAGUUUCUGCCAAAUAUGCAACCCACGGCUGGAUCUCUCUCGAGUCCCGCAUCUACAGAAUCUAUGAGCUCAUAUUUUGGUAGUUCCAAUCCAGAUAAUCAACUUCUUUCUUCGAAAUUAAUCAAUUCGAAUCAGAACUUGUUAAGGAAUAUGGAAUUUGAAGGUCCAGCUAUAUUCUCGUUAAAUGAAGAAAAUGAUGAAGAAUCUGGUGAAACUGCCAGCACAUCUUCGGUGCCAACAGUAUUUGUCAGUUCCGAUCAUUAAUCGCUAAACCAUCGCUAAACCAAUUUUUGUUUUUAUGAUUUUAUUUCAUUGUUGUUCGAGUUACAUUCAAAUGAUACACAUAUAUAAAUUUAUAGAUCUAUAAACCAAAUACAAAGAUACCCAUUUACACUUCAGUAUAAUUCGAGACUUUGCAAUUAGUCGCAGCAACAUCUUCUUCUGUCUUUUUUUUUUUUGCAUCCCAACCACACAAAGUUACCCGGAGAUGUUAUAUGCCGGAUUUUCUCAAUGUCGUAGAGUGCUCGAAAUGAGUGAAAAAUUUUUAAACCGAAGUCGAAAACCAUAUAGUAAAGC